AUGUAUUUCGUUAUCACCGGCGUAUUGGACAGUAUUGAGCGCGACGAUGCUCGAGCACUGAUUGAACGGUGUGGUGGUAAGGUGCUAAAAACUCUUGGCAAGAAAACCACUCACUUGGUUGUUGGUAGAGAACCGGGAGAAAGCAAGCUGGCAAAGGCUGAAACAAUGAACCUUAAGCAGCUUAAUGAGGAUGAACUGUUUGCUCUCAUUCGAGAGUUGGCAGGUGAGCCACUGGACUCAACACACCAAGCUGGUUUGUCGCCAAGUAACAAAUCUUCAGGGUCUGCUGCCACAACCACGCCUCCAGUAAAGGAUGACAAUCGAAAUUCAACUUAUGUCGCCAGAUCUUCGCCUUCAAAAUCAGCGCAUUCUGUCUGCAACCUUACCGCCAAACCGGUGAUUUUGACUCACAAUCCACCCAACAAACCGGAUACUUCUCAAACCGUGGAUUCUGUAGCACUGUCGUCAUUAUCCAUCGGUGCGAAUAGUGUCUUAUGGGUGGAUAAAUACAAGCCAACGUCUCGACGUCACCUCAUCGGUCAGACUGGCGAUCAUAGUCCUGCAAAUAAACUGUACAAUUGGCUUUCAAAUUGGCACUCCCACUUCUCUGCAGGUGCAAAGGUUCGCGCUUACUCUGCGGCGCCACCUUGGGCUUCUGGUGGCUCGACUGAUGAUGGCAAAUGGGCCCGCGCGGCUUUGUUAUCCGGCCCCCCAGGAAUCGGAAAGACCAGUACUGCAUUUGUCGUGUGUUCCGAAUUACAGUUUUCUACUUGCGAACUGAACGCAUCCGACAGUCGUUCUAAAAAGUUGCUACAAGAGGAGAUCUCUGAAGUGCUUUACACACAGAGCGUGGCGCAUUUCGCAACCCGAAAAGCCUCUCAGCUGAACUCGAAGCACAGUGUCCUUUUGAUGGAUGAGGUCGACGGCAUGGCCGGGAAUGAAGACCGAGGUGGUAUGCAGGAGCUCAUUAACAUGAUCAAAACCACUCGUAUACCAAUCAUUUGCAUGUGCAACGAUCGUCAGUCGCCAAAAAUCCGCUCUCUAGCCAAUUACUGCCUUGAUCUGCGGUUUCAUCGCCCACGAGUAGAGCAAAUCAAAGCUGCCAUCAUGUCUAUUUUGUGCAAAGAGAAUGUUUCCAUUCCUCCGACUGUGCUGAACGAUAUCAUACUCGCAAGCAACCACGAUAUUCGCCAAAUCAUUAACAACACACAGAUGUGGUGCAGUUCAAACCUUGUGGAUCAGACUCAGCUGAGCUCAGAUGCUGCCGGUGCACAGAAGGAUCUUCAUCUAGGUGCCUUCGAUGUUAUACGGAAGGUUUUCACCCUUGAGUUUUCCGGACCGAACGGAGGUCCUGCCAGCAUCAACGAUAGUCUGGGGCUGUUCUUUCAAGACUAUAGCUUGAUUCCACUCUUCGUCCAAGAAAACUAUCUAAAUGUUAAGCCUCGAGCGGCUCAGAAUGAUCCAAAGCGUGUUCUUCAGUUACUUUCGAGAGCAGCUAACGAAAUCGCUUUGGGAGAUGUGGUGGGCUCAACAAUUCGUACAGCUGGUGCUGGUUAUUGGUCUCUGCUUCCCGUUCAAGGCAUCUUCAGCGUUGUUCUACCCGGUCGUUUGCUUCAUGGCCCUCUCCCAGGUGGAGGACCGGGCGGUGGAGUUAACUUUCCAUCAUGGUUUGGCAAGUACAGUCACCAAGGUCGUAUGCAGCGUGUCAGCGCCUCAUUAGCCCAUCAUUUAAGUCUGUCCACUCACGGUGGCUGUUGCAACACCCGCAACCUGAUUUUGGACUACGCCUCGCCUUUAUCCGACAGUCUAACGAGACCGCUGAAACAAGGUGACACUGAUACUGUUCUGAACACUCUGAUAGCCCAUCAGCUUCAACGGGAAGACAUGGACUGUCUCCUGGAACUAACUACUUGGUCAAAUCGUCCGAAUCGACUAACAUGUAUAGAUUCCAAGGUGAAAGCAGCCUUGACUCGGACGUUCAACAGAUCAUCGCAUUUACUUCCCUAUGCUACGACGAUUGAGCCGAAAUCCCGCGGUAAUCGUGGCCCAACCAACAUUUCGGAUGUCAUCACCGAGUAUGACGAUUUGAAUUCACUCGAUGCAUCAGAAGCCGUUUCUGUCACUGAUGACGUUGAAGACCUGGAUGAUCUCGAAAAGGAUGGCAUGAUUGUACGAAAUAAGAAGCCGCUCAGCAAGCAGAAAGCAGACAGAUCACAAAAAGAAAAGAUGGAGAAGAAGGUCUCUCAGUCAAUUGAUAAACCCGCACGCUCCAAAUCGUCACGUGGUCGCAGUCGGAAGACUUCACACUCCACAGAUUAA